CUAAUAAAGAGUAUUAUUAGAGUGAAUAGUUGCUAAUAAAGAGUAUUAUUAGAGUGAAUAGUUGCUAAUAAAGAGUAUAAUUAGUGUAGAUAGUUGCUAAUAAAGAGUAUUAUUAGAGUGAAUAGUUGCUAAUAAAGAGUAAAAUUAGAGUGAAUAAAUGAUUAGUCAUUAGUUGCUGACAAAGAGGAUCCGAGCGGGUAGCAGAGUGAUGACGUCGCGCGAGGUUGGUGACGUCAUCAGUUUGCGACAAGAGGAGUGCGUUAGCAAGAGCAUCUCCGGUGUUGUUUUGUUCCUUGUGUUCGACCCCCGUGCAGCAUGGCCCCCCACACCACCGUGCCGUGGUCCGUCAGCGAGGUGACCCAGUUCUUGGUUCUGGUGGCGGACGAGAAGAUCCAGGCGGAGUUGGACGGCAGCAGGAACCAGAAGGUGUACAAAGAACUGGCCCAGCUAAUGGCGGCUUAUGGCUACCAGAGAACUUUCCGCCAAUGCAGAGAGAAACUGAAGAAGAUGAAGAGCGACUACAGAUCCAUUAAAGACAACUUGAACACCAGGAAGACCUGGAGGUGGUUCCCGCACAUGGACGCCAUCUACGGACACCCUGCAGCUGCACCUUCUGUGGCACAGGCACACGACUUCAUGGAGGUCAUCAUUGAUGAUGACUUAAGUCCGUCUUUGGUGGAGCCCUCCACCCCCCAAAGCGUCUCGGCCCCGAAGGCAGAAGCCACGCCCACGCCGUCCCAGCCGUCGGAGGCGGAGUCUGAGGAGGAAGACGAGGUGGCGCCGGCCAAGCCCAAACGCAGUAAGACCGAGAGGCACACGCGAGUCGGAGCUGGUGGCCGUCCUGCAGCGGAUCCACUCGGCGGACCUGAGGCACCACCGGGUGGACGAGGCGCAGCAGGAACGCAUCCUGCGCCUGCAGGAGAUGCAGAUCCAGCAGCGCUCGGAACACUUCCAGCUGGCCUUGGAGGAGAUGCGUCUGGCCAGGGAGAUGGAGGUCUCCCUGCGGAGGGAGCAGCUGGACUCCACCAACACCUUCAACCAGGCCUUCCUGGGCAUGGUGGGCCAGCUGCUGCAACGCCCGGCCCAGCAGUGAACCUGCAGGAACCAGCAGGGGGCAGCACUGCACUGCAGGAACCAGCAGGGGGCAGCACUGCAGGAACCUACAGGGGGCAGCACUGCAGGAACCAGCUGGAACCAGCAGGGGGCAGCACUGCACUGCAGGAACCAGCAGGGGGCAGCACUGCACUGCAGGAACCAGCAGGGGACAGCACUGCACUGCACUGCAGGAACCAGCAGGGGGCAGCACUGCACUGCAGGAACCAGCAGGGACCAGCACUGCACUGCACUGCAGGAACCAGCAGGGGGCAGCACUGCACUGCACUGCAGGAACCAGCAGGGGGCAGCACUGCACUGCAGGAACCAGCAGGGGGCAGCACUGCACUGCAGUGUCAGAGGAAGAUGCUGAUGGUCCUAAGAUGUCUUCUUGUAUAUAUUUGUACAGAACUUUUCUACACUUUGGAAUUGAUCACACAUGUUAAACAUGUGACUCUCAGUGGAAAAAUACUUUUUUAAAGUCAAAGAGGAUUUUUUUUAUUUCAACCUUUAUUGAUCUUUUGCUGGCCUUUUUGUGUGUUUUCACUUGGUACACAAUCCAUGAGUGGGUGUCAACAAAGUCCUGUCAGUCAUGGAUGUUGUUUUCAUAUUAAACUAA